CCUUAGCCGCCUCCGGUGACUGCCUCGGCUGCUGCUGCCUUCUCCUUCCCCACCUCCUCCGUCAGGGAAGCGUCUGCGGGGGCCUGAGGGGCGGCGGCGGCGGUGGCGGCGAGAUGGAGCCGGGGGCCGGCGGCCGAGGCGCUGCUCGCGGGCAGGGGGCCGGGCCCCGGAGCCCUCCGCCGCCCCGGGAACAGGAACGGAAGCUGGAGCAGGAGAAGCUCUCGGGAGUGGUGAAGAGCGUCCACCGGCGGCUCCGCAAGAAGUACCGAGAAGUGGGAGAUUUUGAUAAGAUUUGGCGAGAACACUGUGAAGAUGAGGAGACACUUUGUGAAUAUGCUGUCGCGAUGAAAAAUCUGGCAGAUAAUCAUUGGGCAAAAACUUGUGAAGGUGAAGGUCGUAUUGAAUGGUGUUGUAGUGUAUGCAGAGAAUAUUUCCAAAAUGGUGGGAAGAGAAAAGCACUUGAAAAAGAUGAAAAAAGAGCUAUACUUGCUACUAAGACCACUCCAGCCUUAAAUACCCGUGAAUCUUCUAAACUUGAAGGUCAUUUAACCAACCUCAGCUUUACAAAUCCUGAAUUUAUAACUGAGUUGCUACAAGCCUCAGGAAAGAUUCGAUUACUUGAUGUUGGCAGCUGCUUUAACCCAUUUCUGAAAUUUGAAGAAUUUCUAACUGUUGGCAUAGACAUUGUGCCUGCGGUAGAGAGUGUUUAUAAAUGUGACUUCCUGAAUUUACAGCUUCAGCAACCACUCCAGCUUGCACAGGAUGCUAUAGAUGCUUUUUUGAAACAACUGAAGAACCCUAUUGAUUCUCUUCCUGGAGAACUUUUCCACGUAGUUGUUUUCUCUCUUCUUCUUUCAUAUUUUCCAUCACCUUAUCAGCGAUGGAUUUGCUGCAAGAAAGCCCAUGAACUGUUAGUUUUAAAUGGCUUAUUACUUAUCAUCACGCCUGAUUCCUCCCACCAGAACCGACAUGCUAUGAUGAUGAAAAGCUGGAAGAUUGCUAUAGAAUCUCUGGGUUUUAAACGCUUCAAGUAUUCAAAAUUUUCCCAUAUGCAUCUGAUGGCAUUUAGGAAAAUCUCCCUAAAAACCACAAGUGACUUGGUUAGUAGGAACUAUCCAGGGAUGUUGUACAUUCCUCAAGAUUUCAACAGUGUAGAAGAUGAGGAAUAUUCUAACCCUCCCAGCUAUGUCCGCUCAGAUAUAGAAGAUGAACAAUUAGCGUGUGGUUUCACAGAGCUCCCCGAUGCUCCGUAUGACUCAGAUUCAGGAGAAAGUCAAGCCAGCUCUGUUCCUUUCUAUGAGUUAGAGGAUCCCAUAUUACUUUUAAGUUAGUAUAAAAACAGAAGGCUUGUUCAGUCCAGACUCCUAAACUAAUUGCUUACACUAAUUGAAAAUACUAACAUGAACUCAGUACUUAAAACCUGGUUUGCAUAGAAGAAAUGCAAAGGUUUACACAGAGUUUGCUAUUUUUCUCUACUUCCGGAUUUUUAAAUUUAUUCUUAUAUGGAAAGCUUGAAGUUUCAUGCAGAGUGAUUCCUGUCAUAGCAAAAACCACUGUUACUUUAUAGCAGUUAGCACUAUUCUAGAAAGGUACCUUUUUAUUUUUUCCUCUUUAGUGCUGCUGUGAAAAGUGAAACAAGUUGCUAUCAGUUUUCCUUUUCGGCUUUUCCAUGUUGACUUUAAAGCAUUGCAGUGGGAAACUUGAGGAUCUGUAGAAAGCUCUAGAUUGCACUUUGACAACUCACAACUUAAAUGUGAUACAGACACAGAUCGGCUUAGUUCUUUUGUGAUGCACUUACCUUUUCCUAAAUUGUUACCGAUCACAGAAAGCCAUCUUGUGUUCUGUUUUGUCUGAUGAUCUGGUAUUUCUUGAAUUUUUUUUAAAUUGAUGAAUUUUUUUUAAUUCUAUUGAAAUCUCAUUUGAUAACAUCAGACAAUGGGGAAAAUAUUUCCCCCAAAAUGUAUAUCCGAUUUCAUUAGCACAAUAAACACCAUUGCCAAAGUAGUAUUUCCAUAACUCCCUUAUUGAUUUGAGCCUUGGUGUGAAAUAUAUUUAUCUAUAAAAGUUCACUUAUACCUUUUUAAACAUAGGUUUCAUUUACAAAAUUUUCUACUUAAGCAAGAAACUAUAUAGUACUCAAUACUGACCUGAAACACCUUCAUGAAAGGGUUUGCACUUGUUAAGAAUUUGUUCUGUCUCAACCAACUUUGAGAGGGUCCUCACCUUUCCAUUAUGGAGGUGCUGCACUACAAGUUUGAAAGUAUUUAGACAAUUUAAAAUUAACCGUUUGCUGGGAAUCUCAAAAUAAUUUCGACCUUUUUGUAUCCUUACUUUUGUCUAAACCCGAGCAGAAAAUUUUCUUUGAAUAUGUAAACCAUUCGUUGACUGUGGGAAUUUUCCCUUUCCACGUUGAUAAAUGCUGUGUUUCUGGAUCAGAAGCAAAUGAUUAAGGAGAAAUAUAUGUCCAAACAAGACGAGAGUAGUUUUAAUCCGUUAAGAACAUUUUGUCCACAUUGUCUUGUCAGCCAGCAAUUGUCAUGUCAACUCUCAUUUUUAAGAGUGCCACUGUGUGGAUUUUUUUUUUCAAGUGGUUGUUACAUUAAAAUUGCCUCAUACUGAGGUUUUUGCACUGAACUAUCACAGUUUCAGACUUCAUGGUUACUGUUGUGUGUAUGUGUGUGUGUGUUUUUAAAGGAGACCUGCGUUUUCAAUAGUUGAUCCUAAAUUUCAUACUCUGCACUUCUUUAUUCUGGUAAGGCUGAUGUUUUUGUGCUUUAUUGUGAAUUGCUGUAGUUUCAGUGUCAGAACUUUUAUUUAGAAAUAUAAAGCUUACUUUUCAAGAUAUAAAUGAGUAUUUACCUGAUAUUUCAAAUUAAAUUUCACAUGCUAAUUAAAAGUUUUGAAAUUGUUAACUAACCCAGAAAGAGUCAGUUGACUAAAUUCAACAAAUACUAGUUGUUCAAAUAAUCCACAAGUAACCUGCAGUUUUCAUUUACUUUCAACAGCAUAAGAUUUCUUAGACUUUUUUUUUCUUUCCAGUUAAGCACUGAAGGAUCAUGACUUUUAACUUUAAAAAGAAAAAAAAAAAUUAAAGAGCAGAGUGUUCACAAUAAAUAACUAUUUUGGUAGUACUUCUUACACUAGUUUCUCUUUUUUGGUGAGAUUUAAUCUUAAGAGCAAAAAAAAAAAGUGUACCAAAUGAAAUUGCUUUUGAAAGUAAAUGAAAACAGUGCUUUUGAAAGGCUUGAUUAAGUGUAUUCCUUGGAGUCAGUUGAUCUUUGUGUUACAGCUACAAUGUUGGUGCUAUAAAUCUGAUUGUUUACAGGUGUUCGUUCUGCUUAUGCUCCAAAGUGUGCAUGAUGUAUGUUAAGUAGUACUUCAAAGAAAAUUCUUUGUAAAACCUACCGCUUACUAUGAAUUUAUUUGAACCUAUAUCAUUUGUUACUGUAAAUUCAGCUCCUUCAAAUUAGGAUGUCACAGAACUUUAAAACAGUGCGUGUGUUCCACCAAUGCCAAUUCAGUGUGUAAGUGUUGAGAUGUAAGCAGUCAUGAUGGCAUGAUGCCGAAUCACAGUGUAGUGACAAGAGAAGCCUUCGGAAACUGUAUGGGUACUCUUAAAAAUGAUUUCAUUUGAAUGUAAAAAAGGGGCCUCCUGGCACAUUCACAACAGAUUCUUCAAAAUAAUUUGGCAUUUCAAAAACAAAUAAUCAUCCGGUUGGAUUCUUUGGGAUCACGACUCAGUUAUGUGGUUUUCCCGUGGUUGCCAAGUGGUGGAAGGUAGCAUUCCUGAAAAUGUAUGUUUGUGUUGUUGUAUUUUUUCACAUUUUGUGAACAAAGCACAUUUAUUAAAAAUUUUAAAUUUUCUAAUA